GAGCCGUGCAGCGUUUGUGCUGUACUCUCUACGAAACCUGUGGACGUUUACAGCGGCCAUGGACAACCCGCGCGUAGUGGACCUUCGAUCGGACACGCUGACCAAGCCGACGCCCGAGAUGCGGCAAGCCAUGAGGGACGCCGAAGUCGGCGACGACGUCUUCAAGGAGGAUCCCACCGUCAACGAGCUCGAACGUGUGGUGGCCGAGUUCAUGGGAAAGGAGUCCGCUCUGUUCGUGCCCACGGGGACCAUGGGAAACCUGGCGUCAGUGAUGGCCCACUGCGACAGGAGGGGAGAGGAGGUGCUGGUGGGCGACGCGUCCCACAUCUUCCUCUGCGAGCAGGGAGGAACGGCGCAGGUGGCCUCGGUGCACAGUUGGGCGGUGCCGACGCAGAAGGACGGCCGGCUGCUCAUCGAAGACCUGGAGUCUCGCGUCAGGUACCGCAACAUACCCUGCCCCAAGACUGCACUGCUGUGCCUCGAGAACACGCACAACUUCUGCGGGGGCACCGUGCUCCCCGUCGACUACGUGGAACAGGCCUCCCGGUUCGCGAAGAGCCACAACAUACCGCUGCACAUGGACGGCGCGAGGAUCACCAACGCGGCGGCGUACCUGGACCUGCCGGUCAAGGACCUCCUCAGGGGCUGCGACUCCGUCAUGAUGUGCAUCUCGAAGGGACUCUCGUGCCCCAUAGGGUCCUUGGUGGCCGGGUCUAAGGACUUCAUAUACAAGGUGUCCCGAGUGCGCAAGUGCCUGGGCGGAGGCAUGCGCCAGGCGGGCAUCGUGGCCGCGGCGGGUCUCGUCGCGCUCCGGACCAUGGUGGCCAGAGUGCACGAGGACCACGACAACGCGCAGAGGCUCGCCAGGGGCGUCAGUCUGCAGGGCAACCCCUACAUCGGCUUGGACCUGGGCACGGUGCAGACCAACAUGGUCGUUUACGAAUUUCGAGACACGAGCCGUCUGUCGCCCCUCACCUUCUGCGAGCGCCUCAACAAGGUUACGCAGCGGGAGUACGAUGACCUCCAGCAGGCCGUCACGGUGAAGAUGAUUCCCAUCGGCCUGACCAAGGCCCGCGCCGUCCUCUACAACGGCGUCAGCGCGGACGACGUGGACGCGGCUCUGGUCAAGAUGCGUUACGUCAUCGAGGAACUGUGCCGGUCCGCCGGUGCAUAGACGCGUGUAACCAUGUGAUCGCAACAACUCGAGACGUGCGCACACGCGGGCGUCACAUAAUCGCGCGCGCGUAUGCGCACCCUCGGCGAGGCGCACCUUUUAACGUUCGCGCAGCUCGGAACUGCUCCGAACGAAGUUUAUAUAGUUGGUACGGCAUGACUGUGUACGAUUGCGACGCUAAGGUGACACGCGAUGGGCACGUGGACACGUAAAACAGGCGUUGUUGAGUCCAUGUUGAGUCCACGUCGUGUCAUGACACGUCCAUGCCGCGUCCAGGUCGCGUCCAGGUCGCGUCCAGGUCGCGUCCAGGUCCCGUCCAGGUCGUGUGGCACGUUAUCAGCGCGAAAACAUCAUAUACACCAUACAGUCAUAUACUUGUCGCAGUGGCAAAAAGUCUUCAAAGUCGCGGUGUUCCCGAACACAUACGAAUGCCAGAGCCAUAAACAGGUCCCUCGUGAAUGCGCGGAUGCCCUGGAUUUUCUAGGAAAGGAUGCCGACUCCCCUUCCAACAUUCCCCUUCUCUGCGGAGUUUGAUUGGUUGGUCGAUCGGGAUUCAGUUUGACGUUCCAGAGUAGAUAACGCUGUGGUAUACGCUAGAGCGGGGAAAAAAAAACAUUCGAACUGAUUCUCUACAAAUGCCCAACUGGCAGCUUGACAAUUCGAACAACACUUAAGAAGCUGGGUGGUAACAUUUAAUUAAAUAAUGGGAUGUAAAUGACUAAUCAAAUACUAGCGUUUAUAUAUGGUUUUUAGUGCGCACUUACAAGUUCGAUGCACGCGCGGCCGCUCUUGCAUUCCACUCCUAUCAAAAUUGCAAUUGGAUAGCGAACCCCCGCCCUUCGUGUUCUGCUGCGAGACCCCCCAGCCACCGCUCGGAGUCCCCAGGUUGGUUCUACCAGCCAUCACAUUUCUGACGUAAUAAAGAAUGUCACCGUCAAAUCCUUUA